AUGAUGGAAGAAGCUGUCAAGCCCGCCAAACAUCCGCCGAAAUACCGGGGCAGCGGAAAGGAGAAAAUGACCGGUCAGCUGAAGGCCGACGAAGUCGGAAAGUCAGUUGAGUUUACGUUCGAUUUUGUGCAUUUAACUCCGAAAUGUUAGCAAUAUAAUAAACCUGUUUCUGUGAGCCACUUUUUCAUCUCAAAUUAGCACCCGGAGCUAUCAACUUCACCAAUGUGAACACAGUACCUCUUUUCUUCCAACUUUCUUGAAGUCGGAAUCACCCCCUCCUUCGGGAUUAACAACAAAAUGAGCUAACCCGAAACAGUUCAGCUACCUAACUUUUGGUUCAGUCUCUUGCGAAACGCUGUCUGAAGCAUCUAUUUAUGCAGUAGGUGACCUGACUCAUGAAAUGCCAUGGUGCGAAUUUAAGCGGGCAGUGUGUCAUAUAUCCGGCUUUGUUUUGUUUUGUCCGUUGAAAUGACUUGAGGGGCGGAAGACCUUUUACUAAAGAAGAAUUCAUUCCAAACUUGUUUUGCAAAGGGAAAACAGACUAGGUUUAGGCGAAAUCGAACGUUUUCUGAUAUCCAAGUAAUCUUCUACGCUAAUGGAUAGCGCAGGUCAAAACUGUUAUGACCCGGCCUGGUACUUGAAAUCACGUGGAGCGUAUGCGCACUCGACUCUUGUCCCAAAUACCAAAGCGGAACACGACCAGCCACGAAAGUGUAUUAGGGAAUUGCAAGUCAAAACUAACUGGAAGUAACGCAUAUUUAUAAUACCCUACUGUAGUUCACCUGCAUUCAGCCCAGUGCACUUCGGGAAGAACAUUCCAGACGAGCUGGUCGAUAAUUUGAAUAUGCAGGUCAAUCAGGCUCGAGGGAAGGCAGCCAAUGGAGAGGCGCCACGAUUAAGCUGACAGCGCUGUAGAGAAAACGCACGUGGCCUCCAGUGAUUGGCUUGUUUUGGGGGGUGUAGGCCCUCCCAACAAGAGGCGGAAGAGGGGCGGACGACCUUUUACUAAAGAAUAAUUCGUUCCAAAUUUAUUUUGCAAAGGGAAAACAGACUAGAUUUAGGCGAAACCGAACGUUUUCUGAUAUCCAAGUAAUUUGCUACGUUACUGAAUAGCGCAGCUCAAAACCUCUUAUUUGUGCGCGUUAUACUAUAAAAUAACAUUAAUAUAAGCAUGAAAAGUUCCAAAUAAAUUCCUUCUGGAAUCGAAAAAUCGGAUUCCACGUCGAUGAAAAUCACGUGGAGGCAGGUAUGAGAAAUUGAACUAUUUACAAGAAACAGGGAGUGGAUUCAACUUUAGACAUUCUGUUUUGCAAAUUCGCGACAUUUUAUGCCACAAAGCGCCGUAAUAUACUUGCAUGAGAAUAUUUUGUUUUACUCCACCGAGAACUGGAAGUCGCGAAAAAAACCUGGAUUGAGUGCCCGCGAUGUGCUGCCACUUUUCUGCGUCACACCAAAACGGUUCCUGCCGGAUGCCAAUUCUGAGUGCAUACGGAAAUUGAACUGCAGAUUUGGUCGGUAUCUAGCAUUCUAAACAUUAGUUAGGUCACUCUUCGGGGAAUUCUUAAUGAUAGAACAGUGCCUAGAAGUAAGCAAGGUGUACCGAAACGAUCCACAAGCAAGCGAGAGAGAGAGAGGGCUAUUUUGUCUGUCGUACACUAAGAAGUAUUGCUAUAUGCCCCCCAAGACUAUUUGUAGAUCGCAGGGAACAUUCAUCAAUGUUCUCUCUGAGCAUAAUUAGUAAACGAAUGAGGGAUUUCGGCCUCCAUCAGCAACAUGCCCCAACGAAGUCAUUUUAAGUAGGAAACUGACUAGAUAAGGUGUUUUAUUUGUUCAUAAGUAUGUUGAUCACAGAAUUCCAUUCCGGAAGGGCAUUUCCCCUUGUGAUCAGACCUUAUUUUUAAAAAAGCUUCCGAAGUCGCUCAAGGUGGUCAUAUAUGGGAAGAAUUUCCCCCGAGAAAACACUGUGUUGGCAGGAGCUUUCAAAAACUAUCGACGGAGGCGGUUCUGAUGACCAUCACAUUCGGAGAGUGACCAAUAUGGCGGUCGAUAUCGGAAACUAUCAAUUGCAAAGUGUGUUUAUCGACAUCGUGAAGGAUGUCUUCGACUACAAUGUCAUUCACCGACGUCAAAUAAGCACCCUAAUUUUGCUUCUGUUCGACGAUCAGAGGAGAAAUUUUACUAUAAUUUAGGCCAUAGCCAGCCCCUCCGCCCGCGGCCUACGUAGCAGUUUCAUUCUUGCUAAUAACUUACGUUGCAGUAUCAGAGGCCGGAAACAGAAUUAUCCAAUUCAGAACAUUUUUCGGUAAGGUGUGGUCUUGCAGUCGCACUUUAUGAAGGUUAUAUGGUCAGCCUACUGGAUUAUUUUUGAGUAGACGAGAUUACGCAAUAUUAGGACGGAAUGCACACUGACCUAACUUCCAGUUGGCAAUGCGGUCACUUCCUUCCUAAUCCAGCGAGUGCUGCGUUACCAGUUCUACUCCUUUCCGAUCCCACUCCAGUGAAUGCCUAUGGCUUAGUUAUGUCAACGGAGGUGCUUCAGCAGGACGUUUCACGCGCGCCGGGCCUGCGAAAGGCGCAGGAUAUCCGUUUCCAUGUGCUGCUUCUCCGCUGCAUAUUCACCUACGUUUUCAUUAUCAACGUUAUAGAUCAACUUACCGGCCCCUUUGCUGAGACGUUUGCGGCACUGAUUGUUGACCGUCAUUAACUGGAUACGAUUCUGCUACGUGCCUUAGGAAAGUUUCCCCAAUUUUCUUUACCGCGUUCAGGAGGGCUUUCGAGCGCACACCCCGCCGACUGCUGCACCAUUCCACUGCUGUGGCGUGGUUUAUGCCCACGGAAGUCGCACACCUAAUGACUCCAUUUCCUUCGAGAAAAGUCAGGCAGAAUGGUAUUACCGACAAAGACAAGGGAGACUGGAAUGGCCAUUUCUGGCUUAUUAGCCGUCGUCAGUCAGUCAUACCCAACCCCGAAAUGUGGAACACCUGGGGGUCGAACUCUCGACCUGUUAGUUAGAAGUGCAGCGCCUCUAACCACUCAGCCACGGGCCCGUUGUGUUGUCGGUUGCCAUAGGGAAUAUACAAUGGUAGAGUGGCGCUCACCGAUCGUUUCUACGGAACACACUCGUCUCGCUGUGCCUAGGGGCACUCUCUCGGGCUAAUAAGCCAGAAAUGGCCAUUCGAGUCUCCCUUGUAUUUGUCAGUAAUACUAUUCUGCCUAUAUCAUGCGACGCUGUGCGGCUGCUGGUUGGGUUCGCGAUAGAGAGUCCUAAGGUACAGCUGGACGAGUGAGUUCCGUAGAAACGAUCGGUGCGCGCCCCUCCACCAAAGUGAGGCGGGUUUUCAUUACCAUCGUUAAUGUCAGCCCUCUUUUGUCAAACACCGUUUCAGUUAAAAUCGGCAUCUCGGUCUGUUUUGAAAAUAGGAGGUCUAGCGUAAAAGAGUUCCUUUAUCGCAGUCCAAAUAGUUAAGAUGAAUCCAUUCCAAACUUUCUUGGUGUGGGACAAGCUCAGGUAGUGCUUCGUUUUUCUGCUGCGCUCAUUCAAGAACCUGCAAAAUAUGUCCACUGUCGCAGCUUAAUAAUAUUUGUUCUCUAUCGACCGGAUCUAAACCAUGUCUAUUUGGGUAUUCUGUCGUAAUACUUGUAGUGUCAUCGGUCUGAGGCAUUGGCAUAUUACCCUCGAUAUGAACAGUCCUGAUUCUUGCAAAUGCUGAACACAGUGGGGCGAACUGAUUGCUUCCACCACUUUGGUAAGCUCCGUGGGUUUGUCCAACAGCCUCCCCCCCUUCUAUGCGGUUUGCUCGUUUAUGGCCUACAACCGAAAUAAUUAAAAAUAUUUAUUCAUCAGGAUUGCAUGCAGCCGCUUUCAAAACCCUGGGAACUGCGCAAUCAAAUAGCACUCUUAGUCCCGUUCAACGACUUCACAGUUUCAUGCGCUACAACUUAUUUUGGCUAUCCCUCUUUUAAAUUAAAAAUUCCACGACAUACUUACGUUACUUUAAUUGUGUUUCUGCUUCCCGUGACCAUUUAUUCGACUUGUUCUGCCUACUCGUCUCGAUCACACAUCAUUUUCUUUGAACAUUUUGCGGAGCGACCUUGGCAAUGCGUUCUCACCUCCUAUUGGUCAACAGUUUUCGCGUUCCACUUUUUCCGUGUACCGUGCACCUCAGAACAAUCUGCAAAAUGUUCUACACGCAUCUUUUAGUUUUUAUAUUACGCAUUAAAGUUUCAGUUCUUUUAAACUGCCUUCACCCGCUCGAAUAUGACUCCUUUUGCUUUUCUGCAUUUCCGCCUUUCUCUUGCCCUUACCUAAGGCCCCAUCCAUUCCCGCGCUGCGGAUGCCCAGGUUUUUCCUACCGCCAGUGGAGCUGCCUGACCGAACCUGACCAAUUUUUUUUUCAACCAGAAAAACGACUGAUUUUUUCGUUUCUGCCCAAGAACUUCUUUCGGUCAGCGUUUAAAACUUUUAGGGAAUUCGACAAGCUUUAAACAGAUAAUAUAAUUUAUCGUCAGGCGGCGUUCGGACACGAUUUUUUCACUUUUCCAUGACCGCUUAGGUGGUAGGAGGUCUCGGCUAUAAAUAUGGCAAAUUUGUAUUUUUAGUAUGUUGGCAGAUCGGUAUAGAAGCAUUCACAUACUUCAGGAUCUUUUAGAACACAUGCUUGACACAUGUUGAAGAUAAGUCAGUCUAAAACGCUAGGCUGUCAGGCUGACACAAAAAGUGUAUUAUCCUGAGGUUAAAGAAGUCGAGUUCGGCGAACGUACGUUUUCGAUUACACUGAGUGAUCGAUCUCAUGAAAUGCUGGCCGAAAUUCUGAAAUUUGUCUUCAUUUAGGACGGAUUACUUAGAUGGGACUGUAAUACUGAUUAUCAUGCGACAUAAUCCCAUAAUAUUUCGGACUCGCCAGGAUGUCGGCUUCUUUCCAACCUCCUGUAGGAACCGCACUCGGUAAAAUAUGAAUACUUAUGUAGCUUGCAUUUAUAAUAUUGAUUGUCGAUUGUUUUUUUUUAAUUCAAAUAUAUUUUACGGAAAACACUAGCAACAAAUAUGCUUUCUUUAGCUCGUUUGGUGGAAAAUGUCGUUGUCUUAACAUUUUAUGCCUGAAGAAAAGGUGUAUUUAGGUAUCGAAAGAGUUUCUUAAUUCUUGAAUAAUUUUGAGUCUGCUCAGCCGUUGCAGUAGCUUUUAACGAUUUCUGUCUAAGAGAUGCACGCUCUCCGCGUAAAGAGAAUCAUAUAGGUAGAAUGGCAUUACCGACAAAGACAAGGGAAACUGGAAUGACCAUUUCUGGCCAUUUCUGUCGUCAGCCAGUCAUACCCAACCCCGAAGUGUGGAGCACCCGAGGCCCGAACUCGCGACCUGUUAGCUAGAAGUCCACGCCUCUAACCACUGGGACACGAGCCCAUUGCCCUGUCGGUUAGAGGCGUCAGUUUCUUCCACGCUGCAUUCUGCCCAGCUAGGGGCGCGAAUGGCUCCACGGUAAGGGUAAGAUAGCGCCCCAAGUACCUACGGCAUAUAAAGAAUACCUACUAUACAAGGCCGGCCAGCUUCUGUCGUUCACCGCUUGGUAUCAUACAUCCCUCCCAGUCACCAUUGCCUUUUUCGUCUAUUGACAUUGAUAAGCUUCUCGUCAAUGUGCACUUCUGCGCCCGGUCCGUCGUCAUGAGUGCCGUGGAGCACACAUUUCAACGGAGUGCCUACCAGUCAACAGCUGUUGUGUGAGACCCGCCAAUGUCACUCUUGUUCCCCUUAAUAACGCCAACCAAAUCUUUCUGAUUGUCCUAGUCGUUAGCCGGUUGUUCUUAAAUAUCGAGUCGGCUUUAGGGGACUUCCCUCUUCAACAGGGCCUACAUCUGAAUACAUAUCCAUCUCGGUGCCAGUCGCAUCCGCGACGCGCAUGAAGCCAAACUGAAGCAGAAAUUGACCACAUUAAGUGAAAAGAAUCCAAACCUCUGCCAUGAUAAGGUUGUGCACAACCUAUCUUCCAACCAACUGACAGCAGAGCAGAUAAAAGUGCUGAGUCAUGAUGCCAGCUUCAAUACUACGGAUGCCCAACCACUUGACUUCAUCGCCGCUGCGGAAUCUGUCAUUCGCGAAGCCCCAACUACUGAAGAAAACAGGAAUCUGCUACGAAAGCCAACAUCCUCCAGACUCAUGUCCCACAAGAAACGCAAGAGGCUUUCAAAAGCAGAAGACGGGGCACUCUGGACGUUAAAGGCUGACAAAAGCAUUGUCAUACUCCCAAUCGAUAAAGGACGAUCGACGGUUGUACUGAACAAAGAGGACUACAUCGACAAGGUCGAUGAACUUUUUGGCGACAGAACCGCCAACAUUCCUCGUGAAGGUGACACGGCGAAGACGCUAAUAAGCAAAAUGAUCAUGGACCUAGCGGGUCUUCGGAAGUCAAAAGCAAUAACACAGCUUGACUGGCUGAGGGUAUAG